AUUUGACCAGCCUGUUUGGUUGGUUAAUGGUACAUACUGUCAGCACAUCCACAAACCUCUCUGUCCCUUGUGCUAAAAUAGAAUAACUAAUUCUUCAUCCUAACAGAUUUAACCAACCAUUAUCUCAGAUUAUUUUCUUUUCAAAGGGCCAAGAGCUUUCAAAUGUAAAGUUGGACUCAAAGAACCUACCUUUUUCAUCAGAGGGUUCUUUUGAGUUCCAACGCCCUUUGCUUUGGAGAUUCAUUCUACCUAGAGGGGCUUUUCAUCCUUCAUCUUUGUUUCUUUCACAUAUACUAUAUAUAUUUCCAAGUUAGAGCAAAGAUAUGAGAAAGGUGGAUUCUCCAAGGGGAGAGGUUGGAGAGAUUGACACAAGGGUUCCAUUCCAAUCUGUCAAAGCUGCUGUUAGUUUAUUUGGUGAAGUAGCAGUCCGUAGGGACAGAUUCGCUGUCAAGAGAAGAUCAUCAGAGAAUGUAUUUGAAAAGGAGACACAACUUAUCCUGGCCCAAAAAGAAUUAUGUAAGUUAAAGAAACACGUAGCUAGUGCUGAGACCACGAAAGCUAAAGCACUUUCUGACCUUGAGAAGGCCAAGGAGACCCUUGAGAGUUUGACAACCAAGCUGAACAAUGUGAGAGAAUCCAAGGAAUCAGCAAUCAAAGCGGCUGAAGCUGUGAGGAAUAUGGGCAAACCAUUUGAAAAGACACUAUCCCUAAAAGCUAUAGGAUAUGAAGCUUGGAAACAAGAACUGGAAAAUGCAAGAAACGAGUAUACGACUAAGGUAGCCGAACUAGAUUCUUCCAAGCAAGAACUCACGAAAAUCAGGCAGGAUUUUGAUGCAGUUUUGGAGGCAAAGCUAGCUGCAUUGCAGGCAACAGGAGAAGCUCAGCGUUCUGCAAAAUUAAACUCAGAAAGGAUCGGUGAACUCUCGGAGGAAAUUGCAACCAUGAAAGCAUCGAUAGAACAAUUGAAGCUUGCCUCUGCACAAAAUGAAACCCAAUCCGACUUUUAUAAAACUGCAAAAGAAGAAGCACAGAAAAAACUGGAGGCCUUAAAGAAUGAAUAUGAUGAUCCAGAACUAAUCCAAAGUCUAGACUCCAAACUUGCCGAAACAAGUGCAGAGAUUGAGGUUCUUCAAGAGCAGAUGAAAAAGAUCCAUGCUUCCAAGAUGGAUUCUGUGAAACUUCUAACUUCAGAACUCAAAGAAGCCACAAAGACACUACAGGAUGUUGCUGCAGAAGAAAUCUCCCUUAAAAAGCUAGUAUUUUCUCUUAGGACAGAAUUGAAACAAGUGAAGAAAGAGCAAGAUGAACUUAAGGAUAAGAAACAAGCAGCAGAAGUUCUUGCUUUUAACCUCACUGGUGAAAUGCAAAAGAGCGCAGAAGAGGCGGGGCCUCAGCCAGGUACCGUGGAUGCCAAUGUUUUCUACAUGCAAAGUUGUAAAAUCCAGAAGCUACAAUCGGAGACAGAAGAUGCAAGAAGAGAAGCCGAAGAGAUGAGCAGAAAGGCUCAGGAACUGAAGCAAGAAGCUGAAGCAUCCCGAGCAGCGGCUGAAGAAGCAGAGAAAAAGCUAGAACUUGUUUUGGAAGAGGCUAAAGCAGCAAAAGCAGCAGAACAAAAAGCCAUUAAAGAGAUGAAGAUUAUCUCCGACGUGCAAAGUAGACUCUCGAUUUCAAAAUUCAGCGGAAAGAUCAGGAUGUCAAAGGAAGAGUUUGAGUCACUGAAUGGAAAAGUGAAGGAAUACCAAGAAUUGGCAGAAAAGAAAGAGGCAGUUAUCAUGGCUGAGUUGCAAGGAAUGUACACGAGGAAAAAUGAAUUAGACAUAAAGGUGGAAGCUAACCUGAAAUCUGUUGAGGAAACAAAGGCUGCAAUGGAGACGGCUUUGUGGUAUGCAGAGAUGGCAAAUUCUGCAAAAGUGGCAAUUGAACGUGAAUUAAGGAGAUGUCGUCAACCUGAUAGUACAUCUUCACCGAUAUCAAAUUGUUCAGAUAAUUCUUCGAUGUUGAGCAUCUAGAACUGAAAGCAGAGAUUCAAAAGCUAAAUGGGAAA